AUGGCCCCGCGCGCCCGGCGGCGCCGCCAGCCGUCCGCGCCGCUGCUGGCGCUCUGCGCGCUGCUCGUCCCGCUGCAGGUGAGUCUCCAGGUCACCCCUCCGUGCACCCGGGAGAGACAGUAUGAGCACCUUGGGCGGUGCUGCAGCAGAUGCCAGCCAGGAAAAUACCUGUCUUCUAAAUGCACUCCUACCUCCGACAGUGUGUGUCUGCCCUGUGGCCAAGAUGAAUACUUGGAUACCUGGAAUGAAGAAGAUAAAUGCUUGCUGCAUAAAGUCUGUGAUGCAGGCAAAGCCCUGGUGGCCGUGGACCCCGGCAACCACACAGCCCCGCGUCGCUGUGCGUGCACGGCUGGCUACCACUGGAACCCCGACUGCGAGUGUUGCCGCCGCAACACCGAGUGCGCACCGGGCUUCGGAGCCCAGCAUCCCUUGCAGCUCAACAGGGACACGGUGUGCACGCCCUGCACCCUAGGCUUCUUCUCAGACGUCUUUUCAUCCACGGACAAAUGCAGGCCCUGGACCAACUGCACUCUCCUUGGAAGAAUUGAGGUACACCAAGGGACGAAAACAUCAGAUGCGGUCUGCAGCUCUUCUCUGACGUCAAGGAAACCACCCAAGGAAGCGCAGGUCUACCUGCCCAGCCUCAUCAUUCUGCUCCUCUUCGUCUCCGUGGUAUUAGUUGCUGCCGUUGUCUUUGGCGUCUACUACAGGAAGGGAGGGAAAGCGCUGACAGCUAAUUUGUGGAACUGGGUCAAUGGCGCUUGCAGUAGCCUAAGCGGAAAUAAGGGGUCCUCGGGAGACCGCUGCACUGGUCCCCACUCAGCAACGUCCAGUCAGCAGGAAGUGUGUGAAGGUAUCUUACUAAUGACGCUGGAGGAGAAGACGGUUCCAGAAGACAUGUGCUAUCUAGAAGAUGGUGCUGCUGGAGUCUGUGGGCCCGGGUGUGCAGCAGCAGGGACCUGUGUGGAAGGUGGAGGUGACGGGAUGUUCACGCUGGUCAGUGAGGUUGAGACGCAGGGGGACCUCUCAAGGAAGAUUCCCACAGAGGAUGAGUACACAGACAGGCCCUCACAGCCUGCUGCUGCUUCACUGUUCCUGAUCCAGCCUGGAAGCAAGUCCACACCCCCUUUCCAGGAGCCCUUGGAAGUGGGGGAGAAUGACAGUUUAAGCCAGUGUUUCACAGGGACCGAGAGCACAGUGGAUUCUGAAGGCUGUUACUUCACUGAGCCUCCAUGCAGGACUGAUUGUACGCCUGUGUCCCCCGAAAAAUACUUGAAAAAAGAAAUUGAGGGUGACAGUUACCUGCCCUGGGUGGCCAGCUCCAACUCAACGGAUGGCUACACGGGCAGUGGGAACAUUCCGGGGGAGGACCAUGAACCCCCUACGGGGUCCCUGAAAUGUGGACCAUUACCCCAGUGUGCCUACAGCAUGGGCCUUCCCAGUGAAGCAGCAGCCAGCAUGGCAGAGGCGGGAGAGCAGCCUCAGGACAAGGCUGACAGGCUUCCAAGCUCGGAGAGGGGAGCCUCGGGGUCUGGGAGUUCCCCCGGUAACCAGCCACCUGCAUCUGGGAACGUGACGGGGAACAGUAACUCCACAUUCAUCUCCAGCGGGCAGGUGAUGAACUUCAAGGGCGACAUCAUCGUGGUGUACGUCAGCCAGACCUCGCAGGAGGGCCCGGGGCCUGCCGAGGCGGAGCCGGAGCCGGUGGGCCGCCCGGUGCAGGAGGAGACGCUGGCGCGCAGGGACUCCUUCGCGGGCACGGCGCCGCGCUUCCCCGACCCGGGCGCCCCCGGGGCGGCUCAGCAGGAGCAGGGCUCCCCGGGACCGGAGGACGGGACGUCUCGGCCGGUGCAGGAGCAGGGCGGGGCUCAGGCCUUCCCGCGUACCCAGGGGUCUGGACAUGGUGCAGAAUGACCCGGCCUUCUCUGACUGCCCUGGGCGCGCUGCGCCAGUGGCAGUCCAAGAACAGGUGUUGUGGCUAGCCACUGCGCACCUCCGCGCAGGCGCAGGCUGCUGGCGUGGUGGUGGAGUCCGCGCCGCACUUCCUCCUGUGCCCCUCUUCUCUGCCGCCUACCUCCCGGUAACAUCCAGUUUGGCCUUUUUGUUCCCAACGUUGGUGUCCUGCAUUAUUGAGGUCUGUACCACCCAACCCCCGUAUUUAUAUUUCACUUGCUUUUUUUUUUUUUUUUUGGUAGGGUUUCCUGAUACUUUCUCCUCAUUCUUUCUUUCCAGACUAUUUAAGGGUUUUCCUGACAAUCCUGAAGGUGCCGUCUCCUUUACAUUAUUUUGUACUCCCACCUACCGUGAUCUGGUGAUGGCUUUGUUAGUGUCCUCUAAGUCCUUUCAGGAAAAGGCCAGAAGUGUGAUGCUGGGGAGUGAAGUGUAAGAAAUGAGUAGUGGGACUUUUAUUUUCUGAAAAUAUUCUGCGUCACUUUUUUUUUUGUUUUGUUUUGUUUUUUUGUUUUUUUUUUUUGUUUUGUUUUGUUUUUUCUGAAAAGAGUGGGAAGGAGCGUGCUACCACUGCCACCAAGGUUUUUAGUGUGUGUAGAUCCUUGACAACUACGUUCAGGGCAUGGUCUUGUCCCUACCUGUUUUUUUGGGUUUUGUUGUUGUGGUUGUUUGUUUGUUUGGUAGCUAAUAUUAUUUUUAUUAUCGUUUAUUACAAAUUAUUCAAUUUGUAUCCCAGCUGUGGCCCCCCAUCCCUCAUCUCCUCCCAAUCCCACCCUCCCUCCCUCUUCUCCCCCUGUGCUCCUCCUCUAGUCUACUGAUAGAUGAGGACCUCCUCCCUUUCUAUUUGACCCUAGUCUAUCAGGUCUCAUCAGGACUGGUUGCAUUGUCUUCCUCUGUGGCCUGGCAAGACUGCACCCCCCCCCCCCAGGGGAAAGUGAUCAGAGAGCCAGCCACUGAGUUCAUGCCAGAGAAAGCCCCUGUUCCCCUUACUAGAGACCCCACUUGGAGACUGAAUCUAUGGGCUACAUGUGAGCCGGGGUUUUAGGCUCAGUAAUCCAAUUAAAAAUGGGGUACAGAGCUAAACAGAGAAUUCUCAAUAGAGAAAUAUUGAAUGGCAGAAAACACUUAAAGAAAUGUUCAACGUCCUUAGUUAUCAGAGAGAUGCAAAUCAAAACAACCCUGAGAUUUCAUCUUACACCCAUCAGAAUGGCUAAGAUCAAAAACUCAAGUGACAACACAUGCUGGAAAGGUUGUGGAGAAAGGGGAACCCUCCUCCAUUGCUGGUGGGAGUGUAAACUUGUAUAGUCCCUUUGGAAAUCAAUUUGGUUUUGGUUUUGUUUCUUCCACAGUGGCAGGUACCUGGCCACUAAAUCUCAAAAAAUCCUAGCUUUUGUUGUUUGGCAUUCUUAGUUUUAAAUGAUUAGCUGUCUAGAAAAGAUGGAGAAAGUGAAUAGGACAUAAAGCCAAAGAAAAAAAGAAGGUGCCAGGGAAAUUCGAGAAAGAAUGAAUAAAGUUGACACGUUAA